GGUUAACUUUGAAUCUUUGAAUGUUCUGUGAAAUUCAAACUCGGUAAAUAAAAUAAACACUAGCUAUUUUUUUAUUAAAAAAUAUGCGCAAACGAGCUGUAAAGAAUAAUGAAACGUCACAGAGACCACCUAAGGAAUCUAGGAAUCAUUGGUCUUUAGGUUUAGUGGAUUCAAUGAAAGAUCCUGAAGCUGUUUACAAAGAAACAGAAAGUUUAGUUGUUAUACGUGAUAAAUACCCAAAAGCUAGAGUACACUAUCUUGUAUUGCCUAGGGAAGAAAUAAGCAGUAUCUAUAAACUGAACAGUACUCACGUGGACCUUAUCACUGAGUUUGGUUCUGUGUAUCAAAGUAUAAACAGUGAACAUGAAGAGGAUGAGCUUAAAGCCGGCUUUCAUGCAGUUCCGAGUAUGCAAAGGCUUCACAUGCAUGUAAUUAGUAAGGAUAUGGAUUCCAAAUGUCUAAAAACUAAAAUACAUUGGAAUAGUUUUACUACAAGUUUCUUUAUAGCCUAUGAAGAUUUAUUAAAAAGGUUAAAAGAAGAUGGUUGUAUUGAAAGAAUUCCAAGCGAAACUCACAAAGCUUUAAUGUCAACUCCAUUAAAGUGCAACCAAUGUAGCUUUGAACCCAAAAAUAUGCCCCAAUUAAAGCAACAUUUACUGACUCAUUUGAAAUAAGUUUUAAUUAUUAUUCAUUUAAGUACUAAUUUGUCAUACAUAUACUAAAUGUGAUUUUUAUUUAGUUAAGUACAAUGGAGAUGUGGAGUAAAAUAAAAAUUUACACUAUGUGUGAGGGAAA